AUAAAUAGCUCAUACAGCUGCCGAUUUUUAAUUUUGAUGCAGCACCGCAGUUGAAUUUACGCAGUUCACAUGUUUAGUCUUCGCCUUGACAAUACCUUAACGUUCUCGAAAAACAUUAAAGUUUUUAUUUUUUUAAACUAAAUGUGAAAACAUAUUCAUUUAAACUAUUGUAUCGUAUUCAGUCAAUAGUUGCCAUUGAAUUAUUUUAUGAAUGGAAUGUUCCAACCUGUCAAUGCAUUCAAAAUAGGUAACAACAAAACAUUCAACAGUCAAGUAGUAUUCCGGCAUUCUCAAAUAUAAUAAAAGAAGCAACAGUUGCAAUUUUGUUAAAAUCAAAUACAGCAACAUGUGUCCUGCAAGAAGUUCUACAAUAAUUGUGUGUUGUGAUAAUUUUGUGCUAUGCGCAGUGCAGUUCUUAUCCAUUUCUUGUAUGAUCCUUGCCGAUUUCGAUGGAUAUUUUUUCGUAUAAAAGGACUUCAAAUUGAAACAGUUGAUUCAGUUUAUCAAACGUUGUCUUUUAAAUCGUUAUAACAAAAUAGUAAAUAAAUAUUGUGAACAAGUGUAACUGGUGAAAAAAUAAGAACUAAAUACGAAUUUAAGUUUUUUGAGAAAAUUUAUUUAAUUUUUUAAUUAUUUAAAUUGUUUUAUUUUUUGCUUUUGGUUGAAUUUUUUUUUUCUUAAGUUAAAAAAAAAAUGUUUAAAAAUUAUCCAGUGAAUUGGGUUAGCAAAAACUAUAAAGUGUCCCUUCACAAAUGAUGUGCGCUUAGGAGGUGUGUCAGUGUCAUCCAUAAAUUUACUGUUAUUUUUUCGCCUGUCCUAAAUGCAAUAGUCCGCUUGUUGCAUGUGACCAAUGCCUGGAGUCUUCUGCUAUAUAGACUGCCACUGCUGCAUUAGUUUUUUUCUUUUGUCUAUUGAAAGAGGAAGUGUUCCUAGGAACUAGAAACACUUUCCUCUGACUUCUAUAGGAAAGGCGGGUUUUUGCUGUGCGUGUGGCACGGGGCAGCACAGUGUUUUGUUAAAAUGACGGAUGACAAUUUACCACCAACAAUCGACAAUCACUGUGGCGGCGGUGGCGGCAAUGAAGUUGCAGAUUCAACACAAUGGAAUAACUCUAAUACGUCUCCAACAAAUGACGACAGAGAUGAAGAUGAUUCGAAUGAAGAUGAAAAUGAUGAGGCACCAUCGAAGGUCACAGAUCCAUUGGCACCCAAGUUCAUUAACAAUGAACGAGUCCUCGUUGUCUCCGUUACAGAACGACGACGUGAAACCUGGGGUCAAAAGGCGGAAUUCCUGUUGGCCGUUGUUGGUUUUGCCGUUGAUUUAGGCAAUGUCUGGCGAUUUCCCUACAUCUGCUAUCAAAAUGGUGGUGGAGCUUUUCUCAUUCCUUAUUGUGUUAUGUUGGUUUUUGGUGGACUGCCAUUGUUUUAUAUGGAAUUAGCUUUGGGACAAUUUCACAGAUGUGGCUGUUUAAGUAUAUGGAAACGCAUUUGUCCGGCACUUAAAGGUGUCGGAUAUGCUAUUUGUUUAAUUGACAUCUACAUGGGAAUGUACUAUAACACUAUAAUUGGUUGGGCAGUUUACUAUCUAUUCGCAUCCUUCACCUCUAAACUGCCAUGGACUUCAUGUGAGAAUCCAUGGAAUACAGCUAGUUGUAUGCCCGUUACAUCGGAGAAUUUUACAAACCUAGCGACCACACCAGCACGAGAAUUCUUUGAACGAAAGGUGCUUGAACAGUAUAAAUCUGAUGGAUUGGAUUUUAUGGGACCUGUUAAACCAACGCUAGCACUGUGUGUUUUUGGAGUAUUUGUUCUGGUGUACUUUUCUCUGUGGAAGGGUGUACGAAGUGCUGGCAAAGUAGUUUGGGUUACUGCACUGGCACCCUAUGUUGUGCUAAUCAUACUUUUAAUACGUGGAGUAUCACUGCCUGGCGCCGAUGAAGGUAUUAAGUACUAUCUCACACCCGAAUGGCAUAAGCUAAAAAAUUCAAAAGUUUGGAUUGAUGCAGCAUCUCAAAUAUUUUUCUCUUUGGGACCUGGUUUUGGAACACUAUUAGCUUUAUCCAGUUACAAUAAGUUUAACAAUAAUUGCUAUCGUGAUGCUCUCAUAACAAGUAGCAUUAAUUGCUUAACAAGUUUCUUAGCUGGUUUUGUAAUAUUCUCUGUGUUAGGGUAUAUGGCCCAUGUGCAGAAAACAUCAAUUGAUCAAGUUGGUCUCGAAGGACCUGGCUUGGUUUUUAUCGUGUAUCCCGAAGCAAUAGCCACAAUGAGUGGUUCUGUAUUUUGGUCAAUAAUUUUCUUCCUAAUGCUGAUAACUUUAGGCUUGGAUAGUACAUUUGGUGGCUUGGAAGCUAUGAUAACAGCCCUUUGUGAUGAAUAUCCUCGAGCGAUUGGAACGCGUCGUGAGAUUUUUGUACUUUUCCUAUUGGCUUGUAUUUAUUUGUGUGCAUUGCCAACUAUGACAUAUGGUGGCGUUUAUCUAGUGAACUUCCUAAACGUUUACGGGCCAGGCUUAGCUAUUCUAUUUGUUGUAUUUGUGGAAGCAGCUGGUGUAUUUUGGUUCUACGGUGUAGACAAUUUCUCCUCAGAUGUAGAACAGAUGUUGGGCAAGAGGCCUGGUCUUUUUUGGCGCAUUUGUUGGGCUUAUAUAAGCCCAAUUUUCUUAUUGUGCAUUUUUAUAUUCUCAUUCAUUGGCUAUGAGGAUAUGCUUGGCGAUGAAUACAAAUACCCAGAAUGGAGUAUUGCUGCUGGCUGGGCACUCACCUCCUCAUCCAUACUUUGCAUUCCAAUUUAUAUAAUCUAUAAAUUUUCAUCAAGCAAAGGUACCUGCAAAGAACGUUUGAGGACCACAUUUAAGCCAGAAAUAAAUAUUGUAUCGGCAUUGCCAGGCCAACAAGGCACCGCAGUGUGACAUAAUAAAAUUAAUAAAUCUCAAUAUAAUAUAAGUAGCAUUCACCAACAAAAAAACGUUUCACCAACAACAACUACAACAAUAAAUAUUAUAAAUAAUCAAAUAAGUCAUAGUUAUUUAAGUUAUCCUAAUCUUAGUUCGAAUAUCGAACAACAACAUGAACAUGAACAACAACAAAAGCAUCAAACAAUGUUAAAUAUAAUUGAUCGUGGUAGUAGCAUAAGUCUUAAUCAAAUCAAUAAAAGAUCUACUGCUAGAGCUGAGGACAAUAAUUAUUUAAUACUCAGCAGUUGUAAGCCUUUCAAAUUUUCAUUUGCUAGUGAAUGGCUUGUUUAAUGUUGUUAAUAGAUAAAAAAAAAUAUUUUUUCGAUUAAAAUCCAUUUUUUUAGUACAAAUUUAUAUAAUUAAUAAAUAAAAUAUGCAAUAAUUUAGAAUAUUUUAUAUAAAAGUGACAGUAAAAAGUAUAAAUAAAUAUGAAAAUUAAGUUUUUUUCUAGUUUAGAAACCAAAUGUACAUUAAAAUAUAAAGUAAAUUAAUUCUCUUGAUGCUUCUUCUUAAUGGAAUGCUUAGUAUUCAAUUUAAUAUAAAUCUAUUAUACAAAAUUUAAAAAAAAAAUUAUAAAUAUUGGAAACUUAACUAUAACCUAAAAAAUUCUUAUAGAUUUGGCUAAAAAAAAUUAACAAAUAUCAAAAAAAUAAAAUCAAACAAAAAAAAUGAGAAU